AUGCCUGCGCGCACUGCUGAGCCUCAAGAUGAUAUCCCGACAGCGAGAGCGGUCGAUGGCCUUGGCCUCAAAGCCAGCAAGACCUCCAGAUCUCCCCGAAGCCCAGUGAAGAGAGAGGAAAGAGAAAGGACCAAGGCACAGGAUGUUGCGGAGUUGAAAGACUACCAAUUGGGGGACUGUCUAGGCAAAGGUGCAUUUGGCUCUGUUUACCGGGCGUUGAACUGGGGCACUGGAGAGACGGUAGCUGUGAAGCAGAUCAAGCUGGCAGACCUGCCUAAGAGCGAGUUGAGGGUCAUCAUGCUGGAGAUUGAUCUCCUUAAGAAUCUCGACCACCCCAACAUCGUCAAGUACCAGGGCUUCGUCAAGACCCCAGAAACGCUCAACAUCAUCCUGGAAUACUGCGAGAAUGGAUCCCUGCAUUCAAUUUCCAAGAACUUUGGUCGCUUUCCGGAGAAUCUGGUGGCUCUCUACAUGUCUCAGGUGCUCCAGGGCUUGGUAUACCUCCACGACCAGGGUGUCAUCCAUCGCGAUAUCAAAGGUGCCAACAUUCUGACCACCAAGCAAGGCUUGGUCAAACUCGCCGACUUUGGCGUGGCAAGUAGAACAACCGGCUUACACGAGUCCAGCGUCGUAGGAACCCCAUAUUGGAUGGCUCCUGAAGUGAUCGAGUUGACAGGCGCAACUACUGCUUCGGACAUAUGGAGUUUGGGCUGCACAGUGAUAGAACUUCUGGACGGGAAGCCGCCGUAUCACAAUCUUCAGCCCAUGCCAGCUUUAUUCCGCAUUGUCAACGACGAUCAUCCGCCUCUCCCUCAGGGAGCUUCACCUGCCGUUAUGGAUUUUCUCAUGCAGUGUUUUCAAAAAGAUCCGAAUCUCAGAGUGUCCGCAAAGAAGCUGCUUAAACAUCCCUGGAUUGUGAGCGCGAGAAGGAGUGGGUCGGAGAAGCCAAAGAAUGCUACCGAGUAUGAUGAGGCGGUCAAGAGUGUUCAAGAAUGGAACGAAGCUCUGAAAGAUUCUCCCAAUGGCAGUCUGGUCAGGAAGCCCUCCAAUGCCUCAACUGCCAGCCCUGUGCCCGUGGCUCGGGACAUGCUUCGAUCGGCCAAACCGCAGGCUAAGUCCCCCAUACCCCUCCUCAAUAAGGACAACAACACGACCAAAUUUUGCUCUCUAGAGGAUGAUGAUAAUUGGGACAAUGACUUUGCAACGGCCAUCUCAGCUAGCACCUUCCAGCUACCUCACCUCAGGCCUCAUGACAACUUCGGAGGCAUGCUGUCUUCGGAAAGAUUGAAGUCAUUUGCCGCUAUAGAGACUACAUGGGGAAAAGAGAAUGAGUCCGUGGAGGACAAAGAUUCAACCUUGAAAGCCGUGUCACCACUGGAGGUGGACGUGGAUAAGACCGUGCGACUAGCAACGACCAUGGCGAAGAAGAGGCCUGAGGUGCGGCACGCGCGGCACAAGUCUGAAAUCCCUCCGAAGACAAGGACGAAGCCGACAGCAACGCCGCGAAAAGCUUCUUUGCCCUCCACACGUCAACCAGUGGAUGUCCACAAAGUUAAACCCACCCAAACGAGGACCCAACACAACGAGCCACCAACACGACGUUUUAGAGAAAGCUCGGUCGAGGACUUCUCGGACAUCGUUCAGGGAAAUGAGCUGGCUCUGGACACCAAGCUCGGUCUUAUGCGGCUGGACAACCAGGCACCGUCAAAGAUACUCGAGUCUCCGAGCGUAACGGAUCUGAUACAGAGCAUGAGACCGCCAAAGGUAGGCGGCAGCCUCAAGAGGCAGCCAGCGCCCAAUAACAGGUUGUCCAUGCGACGGACACGGUCUUCGAUUGAGAUACAACGUUUUGCAGAGAAUGAGCAAGACGAGGACUUCUCUGAUGUCUUCGCGCAAUCGUCUGCGAUCCUUGAGAAAGCCGCCAGUGAAGAUGGCUCCGAGCUCAUGUUGAGCUCCAAGAUCUCGAACCUGUCCUGGCUUCCAGACGCGGAAGACGAGGACGAUCCUUUCGCUCAGCUAGAGGAGGGUCUUCCAGAAGUUGAUCUCGAGUCGAACAUUGCUCGCGACAAGCACGCGCGUCUUAGGACAGAAGUCGAGGCCCUGGUGGGCCAGCUUAAAGUCUUGCAGGAGGACGACGCUCUGCUGCAAAUCUCAGAAGAUCUGAUAAACUACUUUGGCAUCUUUUCAGAAACCAAAAGUGUCAUUAUCAGCGCCCAUGGCCUCUUACCGAUUCUAGAGAUCCUGGAGGACUGCAUGCGUCUUGAUAUUGUCCUCAACCUCCUGAAAAUUGUCAACGCGAUCAUCUUCAAUGAUGAAGAUGUCAAAGAAAACCUCUGCUUCGUCGGCGGAAUUCCCAAGAUCAACAAGUUCGCCUCCAAGAAGUUCCCGCGAGAAAUACGCCUUGAGGCUGCGGGAUUCGUCAAGCAGAUGUACGAGGCUUCGAAUCUAAUCCUCCAGAUGUUCGUCAGUGCGGGCGGGUUGACGGUGCUCGUUGAUUUUCUGGAGGAUGACUAUGACGAUGACCGCGAGUUAGUCCUUAUUGGAGUCAAUGGCAUCUGGAGUGUCUUUGAACUGCAGGGCUCAACUCCGAAGAAUGACUUCUGCCGCAUUUUAUCACGCAACUCGGUGUUGGAACCAUUGUCACUCGUCCUCAGCCGGGUCCUCAUGGAGCCCUCUGAUUCUGGAGAGCAGAAAGAACUCGCCGAUUUGUGCGAGGGUCGCAUUGCCAGCAUCUUUUUCGUCUUCUCCCAGGCGGAGAACUACGUCAAGGAACUAGUCGCCGAACGGACAGUUCUCCAUCGAGUCUUGAAAAACUUGAAAAGGAUGGCUCCAGCACACCAAGUGACAAUGCUGAAGUUCAUCAAGAACCUCUCGAUGUUGUCGACUACCCUGGAUGCGCUGCAUAACUCCAAUGCUAUCGAUGUGCUGUCUGAGCUCCUCAGCAACAACAUGAACAAGCCACAUUUUAGGGAGAUGUCCAACCAAAUUUUGAAUACCAUUUAUAACCUUUGCCGACUGUCGAAACGGCGGCAAGAAGACGCCGCUCUUGUCGGUAUCAUUCCAAUCCUGAUCAAGAUCGUCAAACAAGAGAAGACGCCAGUGAAGGAGUUUGCCUUGCCAAUUCUCUGUGAUAUGGCUCAUUCCACACGAGCUGCUCGCCGAGAACUAUGGCAAAAUAAAGGGCUUGCUUUCUACGUCUCAUUACUGUCCGACCCUUAUUGGCAAGUCACGGCUCUGGAUGCAAUAUUCACUUGGCUUCAAGAGGAGACUGCUCGGGUCGAAGAUCACCUUCUGGAAAACCAGAAUUUCAUUUCGGCAAUUGUUGCUGCGCUGACCAGCAGCAAAUCGACAUCGUUCGAAAACCUUCUCGAGCCUCUACAGAAGCUGCUCCGCCUGUCACCACCUCUUGCAGCCUCUAUGGCGCGAAGCUCGCAGCUCUUUGAUACACUCGGCCAGAAGCUGGGACAUAACAAGCCUGCGAUUCGUCUAAAUCUCCUUCGCAUCAUUGGCAGCAUAUGCGACUCGACAGAAGAAGGCUUCUUCCUCCUCGAGCAAUACAGUCUCUACGACGUGAUCCGAGAACUUUCCUAUUCCGACUCUGCGGUGCUUGUUCGCAGCAUGGCUGGUGAACUCAUCCGGUCGUGCGAAGAGUCCGACAACGUGAGCAUUAAAAGUGGGCAGGGCGUCAAUCCGGUUACGAAUGGCGGUCGAAGAAAGCACCCUGGUUUUCAAAGGCGCACGAGCUCCACAACUCCUCCCCAUCUCCUUGACCGUCAGAUGAGCAUGCCCACUUCUCCUCAGCUUGGCCGUUCCGAGCGGGCAAGCAUGAACAUGUAUGAGCUCCCUGUGGCACAGACCCCGCGCCGGCAACGCAAUGGCGUCUACGUCAACGGCGCGAGUAUCAUGCGGCCUGCCAGCCGAGAUGGGUCGACGUACGCACGCGAGAACUCGCCAGCAUUUGCGAUGCCCAGCUUGACGCGCGCAAACACGGCCAGUGUGGCCGAGAUGACGGUGAAUAAGAGUAGGGUUGCUCGACAACCUACAGUGGCGACAAAUUUGGCAGGCCAGCAUCGACUCUCUAGGCAGAGUACACGAGACAGCAUGGUUGGGUCGGCCAGGUCAUCAGCAGAGAAAGAGCCUAGCUCGACCACGAGUUCCAGAGGUUAUCAAGGCAGAACUAACAGCAGUGUAGCCGCGACUUCGACGCCUGUUUCCGAGCAGAGAGCUCGGAGAGAAGCGAGACACGUGCAUACCAGCAGCAUCAGCCAGAGUCGAAAUGCCAAUGGCAGCACCAACACGGCGGUUUCAAGACCUGGUUCCAGCCAGAGCCAGGGUCAAGGGCCGGGGAAUGUCGAAGUAACUGUCGCAAGAAGGACGACAGCGAGGAGAAAUGGAGCGUGGGACGAUCGGUGGGGUUAA